UUCCAGAACCCGAACGACGAGAAAACCUUUGACAGUCUGGCAGAUUCUCUUCUCUCGUGAAAUUAACUGACAGGUUUUAAGCGUUGAUAAGGAACAGCAGAGUACAGUUAUGUGAUGAAUACUGGAAAUUAGUGGUUAAGUGGUACGCGAAGUGAGUUAUCGGCAGGAUAUGGUGUAUUAAAGAGCGUCACAGAAGACCAUUAAGUCCGUGGUCAUGUCUGAUAACACAAUUGUAACGGGUCUGGGGCAUAAUAUGUCCGUGGUGGAUGAAGAUGUGGAUGCGUCUAUUUUCUGUUUGCCUGAGCCGCAGGCUGCAUCAACAGCUGCCAAUAAGAAGUCGAGGUUGGAUCUUGCCAAACACUACCUCAACAAGCUUGAUCAGAUGGCUCACCUAAAAGUUGCUUCUCUUAAGAAACCCGUAGGCCGACUGCAGACACAAGAAAUGGGGAGUGAGGCACAUGCACUGCCUUCUGGCAUGACUGCUAAUGUGUCCCCACUGUCAGUUCAACAAGGCCGAGAAUCUGGUAGCUUGGGAGGCAUAAUGGGCGUUUCCCUAAUCAAUAUUGAGAAUAUGAGUGGGUUGUCAUCAAGUAUGUUGCUGGUGGACCAGAAUUCUUUCCCAGACCAGAAAGGAGGUUUCCUACGCCAGCAGAAAUUAGUCACUGCCCCAGGUGGUAAUCACUCAGAUGAAGACCGAGAGAGUCCAAUCCCAGCGCUAACUCAACAAGAAUUACAAGAUCUAGAGACUGAUUUUUCUGAAGGUGAAGAAUCCGAGCUCAGUCAAGGAGAGGAUGAGGAGCUGAUGGCUGAGGGGAUCUGGCAAGCGAGUGCAACAGGUGGAGCCAUGAUGGAGGGUCUGCCAUCCUGUCUCUUGGAGCCUCAAGACUCUCUCUUAUGGGAAAUGCAGUCAAGCACUGGCAUGAACCGGCAAGCCAUGAGCCUGAAAGAACAGCCAGAUACAGAAGGCACAGGGAAACACCUACAACUACAAGUUAUGGAUAAGCCAGUACCUUAUCCAGAACCACAGGAUGUAAGAAAUAAUAGCAAAUCAAUGUUAGAGAGCUAUGAUGAGUCUGUAUUUGAUAACAGUAAGGUGAAUUUUGAUGCUGGUCAAAUAUCGGCUCGAUCAACCACGUUUGGAGGUGCCCUAGAUGUGUCGAAACUGAUGUCGACUUCCUGCAGUUCCAUUGGUUCCCUUGGUGAAGCCCUCAAGGAGAAUGCUGAGAACAAUUUGGGUGACCAGUCUUGGGGAGGGGAUCCUCAGUAUGACAUAUUUGAAGCAGACCAAGGGGAACUGGCUAGUGCCUUGCAUGGGGAAUCCUUCCAUGCCCCAGACUUGAAUUUUUUGAAGAAAGAAGAGGAGGAGAACAAAAGAGCCAAUAUUUUCAUGCAAGAGGAAUCCUGCAGUGGAAACAACCUGGACGUUUCUUGCUUUUCAGGCAUUCAUGGUGUGCAAGAAAUCACAGUAAGGCCAUCGUGGAUUGAAAGCCCAGAGAAAUUGUUGCUUGGGCCUGGGAACAGGAUGUUGGUGGAAGAUUAUCUCAAGUUACGCAGUGAGGCUCUCGGCUCACUUGGGGAUGAGGAUGGGCUGGAUCAGGAAAGGCCAAACUUUGGUUGGGGUGAUGCUGUCCAUUCUCCUCCAUCAUCUGGGGAACCCUUGCCACUUGUGGAUGUCAGUGGCAGGGCAGAAGAACAAGAGCAUUCCACAAUGGGUGAUGGAACUUCAAAGAAAAAUGCAAAUGUAUCGACAUCAAACCAAAGUAUCAGCAGUGACAAGCAAGAAAAUUCAAGUUAUCACUCUACCAGCCACUCAACAUUACAGGAUUCCUCAAGUGACUUUUCAGAGGGAAGCAGUGGGAGGUCAAGUUCUGGGUCAGACACAUUAUGCGACUCACAGAUGGAAGCCGACUUGGAUAUAAGGUCACUUUCCCUACAUCAGCAUCAAGGUAGGAACCUGUCAAGUGCCUCAAACCAAGAAACUGCUGAUGAGAGUUGUGUUGAUGAUGAUGCUUCGAUGGAGACAAGUGGACAGAAGAACAUCCAUUAUUCUGGAGAUUCAGGGAAGUCGCAUAUGAAUGGUAAAGAAAACAGUAAACUUCAAUUUGAGAGGAAAAAGAACUCACAACAGCUGGAGAGGACACUAAAUGAAAUCACAGGACCCAUGGAUUCAGAGCAGAUCCGUGCACUUUUGUCUGAAGCAAUUGCUUGUGACAAUCCCCAAGUACUGGUAGAGAAGAUAAUAAAGAUAUCACAGGAGAAGAUGGCACUGCACAAAACAAUGGAUGUUAGUGACUUGGAUACCAGUGUUGAUGUCUUGGAACUGAGGAAGCAGCGUGAGGCUCUGCAGAUGAAACAAAAGGAAAGAUUCUUGCAAAAGGUCCAAACAGCUGACAAAGAAAAUCUUGGAACAGAAACUCAUCAGGUAGGAAGAGAUGCUUCUAAGAAACCAUUAAAGAUGUUGCAUGGCUCCAAGGUAGAUAAUAUGGAUGGCAUACCACACAAACACAUGGAAAAAUUAAAAGCUAAGAGAACAGAUUCAGUUCCUUUGGAGACCAUAAGCCAAACUGGAAAACAUCGUCUGCCAUUCAUUUCAAAACAUUUAGCCACUAAUUUAGGGGAUUCACAUAUUGAUGAGUCAAUUAAGAUUGCUCCUUACAAGUCAAGAAUUUUAGAGGACACUCAGAAGCUGCAAUUUGCAAGCUUUCACGAUAAUACAAACAGUGAUUUCGAUGCUUCCACCCCAUGUGUGCCACGUUCAAAGUCCAGGUCUAGUACCCCAAGUCAAAAUGGAAUGGGGGCAAGAGAGGCCGACAGCAUCAAACCAAGUGUCAGUGAGCAGAGACCCAAACCAAGGAUGGGAUUGUCAUCAGCACAUCAUAAUAAACUUCCAUUGAAGGGUAAAGAGGGAGGUCAUGUCAAUGGCACGUAUUUGGGACAUUUACAAAGGCCAGAGAAAAAUUCGGCUCUCGGGACAGAAGGUCGGGCUUUGGGUAAGGUUCCUCCGAGUGUACGGUCUACAAGUGUGCCUUCUGGACUCCAUGCCAUUGGUGUAAAUGGUGAAGGUGUAGAUGCCACUUCAACUCAGCAGAUGCAUUCAGCCAAAGGCCUCCGACAACACUAUUCACAGGAAGAUCUUAACUACAAUAUCCAAAGUGGAAAUGAUUUGACUGUGAGCUUGCCCAAGAAGGUGGUUUUCCCAGGGGUCUGUGUUCUGGGUAUUGCAUCAGAGGUUACGAUGGUAUUCCAUAAUCCUAAGCAGCGUUGGGUCCAGUUGUCACUGAAUUGUGUAAAGGAAAGCUUGAAUAGAAGCCCAGUAACAACAGAAGGUCUGAUCUUCAAGCCGUCGUACUUUGUAGAGCCACAAAGUAUGUGUCAAAUCCAGCUGAAGCUAUGCAGUCAGCAAGCUGGGUCACUUGAAGCAGUGCUGGAAGUAAAAGUAUCUGAUCUUACCAAAGGCUCAACUAUUCCUUCUGCCACUAUGGGUGUCUCAGUCCAUAAUGUUCUUGUCUGUGCACAAAUUGAGGAACCCCAUGUCUUACUGACCAGUGGUGGCAUGGAGGCAAUAGACUUUGGUAUUGUACCAGAGGGCUGUUCAAUUACUAAGGAGGUAAUGGUUAUUAACCAAUCACACCAAUCCCUUCCAGUCAUCCUAACCCUUCAGCAGGUUGCUGCAACGUCCCCCAUCUUUUAUUGGACCGGCACAACAGAUGAGCGCAUAAAGGUUGUGUCAGCUACACAUGUCGCCUGCGAACUUCCAUCCGCCAGCACAGAGCAUGGCCCAAUCCCUAUGGUCAUGAAUGUCACACUCAAGGCACCACAUCUUGACAAAGUUAAAGUGGAUGAAAAUGGAGUGGUGGGGUUAAGGAGUCAGAUUCAGGUUGAACUUGACUCUCCUGAUCAGUCCACCAUCAUUGUUGCAGCCAUGCCUAUUAAGGCUCAAGUGGGUGUGGUGAAGUUACAGUCACUCCGUGCUGCAGAGCCAAUGAUGUUGGAGACUCUGUCCACAGAAACCUGUACAGCUACAGUUCCUCUUAGAAAUUCCUCUAGUUUUCCUCUGAGGAUCUCUUUGAUUCCUCGUGAACACAAAGAGGUCUUCAGCGUUGUUCCUGCCGUCAUAACUAUUCAGCCUCACUCCCAAGUUUCUCCUAGUCUUGUGUUUUCACCCAAAGGUCAAGUAGGAAGAAUGGAGAGUGUGUUACUGAUGCGUAUAGAGCCAGAUGGAAUGGAAUUUGAGGUGUCCAUGAUUGGUAUUUCAACUGCAGCUGUUAAGAAAGCUCCAGAAGUUGCCAAACUAUUGACCCACUCGUCUCUGACAAGAGCCACAAGUGCCCCUCUUCCACAAGCAUCGCAAGUUAGCUUGGCCUCAGCCUUGGAGAGCACCAAAUCCCGACUUGUGUUCGGGACUGAACGCAUUGGAGGGAGAGCAUCACAAAAGAUUGUGUUGCGGAACAAUUGUACUACAGAGGCACUCAACCUCAUCCUUGGCAUCAAAGGCAGUAAAGCUUUUCAGAUAUGUGAGUAUGGUGGUAAAGAAGGCAAAGCGAAGAUGGAUGUUGUUCUAAAACCCUGCCAGGAGCUAGCAUUCUCCGUCUUCUUUUGUCCAACAACUGUGGAAGCCUUAAGUGGAACGCUUGUAUUUAGACCACGAGGCUUGACUGAGCCCAUCAAGUAUCAGAUUCCCCUGCAAGGAUAUGGUGGCCAAUGUGAGCUUCAUGUGCCUGAUUUCCCAGAGAGUAAGGCUUUAGUGAUCAGCGAGUUGGCACCAGGUCUGCCAACCAUGUUCAACACUGCUUUUGUGAACAAGGGGGAUCGUGCCAUGUUUGUCAAAGUCCAGGUGUUCUCAGAUGAUAAGUAUACACAGGGGGUUGCAGGCAGCCAGAUAACUGUUCAGCCUUCAGAAUUCAUCAUCAAUCCCCAUGAAAGCCGUGAUAUUUUUGUUGUUGUUAUGGGCACAGAAGCUGUCCUUGCAAAGACACCAGGCUGUAUAGGUUACCUCCAGAUAGUGUCAGGUGAUGAAAUACUUCGCAGGCGGUUUCGCAGGUUGAAGAACAAGGAGGUGAAGGUUCGUCGUCUAAAUGACCCUGCGCUUGUGAAGAUUGACUGGGAUGUGUUCUACAGUGGAGAAAAGGAAUCCCAGAGCGAGGAGGAUUGUCUCCCACCACAACCAGAAGAUGCCUCCAUUUUCUUCAAUUCUUGCUCCAAGACUCAGGUAGAGUUGCAUGGAGAAAGACAAGUUAAUGAAGAUGCUUCCAGUACUGUAUUUGCUUGCCUUGAUGCUGAGGAGACAAUCACAUCAGUGACUGAUCUCACAGUAGCAGCAGAUAGGACUGUUGAAGCUCACUCCCCACCCGUACAAGGCAAGGGAACAGUCCUGAGUGGAUCGACUGGGGAAGAUUGGUCUUCGUCCAGGCCAGCCCCAGUAGCUCGUGCCUCUUCGGCUGCCUUUACCUGGGAUGUCUUUCCAUCUGCCUUGACCAUCCCUGCCUCAGACACUUCAAGCCACACCUUCUUUGUUGUUAACUUUAGCAACACAAGACAAAUGUUUGAGGUAACUUCAGCUUGUAAGUGGCUGCAUAUUGAACCAAGAGAAGCCAUUCUACCAAGCUUGAGUUCAGUCCGUGUUAACAUCAAGGUUAUUCGUUCCGGUCUGCCUCAGCAUCUUGUUAAUCCUAUAACUCAGUCCAUUCAGGUUAUGUGUGAAAAUGAGUGUCACAAUGCUAAAGUAACAGUUCUUCCUGAUGGUGAUGGAAGCAACACGGGUAAGGCAGCUUCAUCAGGAACUGCUGUGGCGUCAAGUAAACAAGAGAUGUCGGAUCCACAUUCUGGCGAGUACAGUGGAAAGAAGUUGCCUGUUCCUGACAGUGAAGAGAAAUCAUCAAAUGAGAAAUCUCUUACUACUGUAGAGCAAGUUAGUUCAGGAUAUCAGAGGAAAUCAGCUUCAGGCAGUAGUCUCAGCAGAGCUGCAAUGAUGAAAAGGACUAGCAGCAGUAAUAACAAGUUCCAGAAUGAUAGUACCCAAGAAAGAAGCUCAGUAAAGAGUAUGGUGGAAGUUGUGUCAAGCUCCAUUGCCUUCCCCGACACGAGAAACUCAGAUGAAAAUUUUGUGAAGGUGAAAUUGAGAAACCAUGAUAGUGUUGUUCAUACUGUAAGAGCUGAAGUUACACAAGCACCCUUUGCAGUCCGCCAUAAACAGUUUCAGGUUAAGGCAGGUCACUAUGUCAGUGUACCAGUUUAUUUCAGACCACAGACACUGGGGUUGUUUACAGGACAGCUGAGCCUGUUUGUUGUUGAGGAGCAAGUGUUACAUACUGUUCAGCUUUCAGGCAAAGCAGUGUAAUUUAACUUUUUUUUUUUUUUUUUAUAAAUUUUCAUUGAAGAAUUUUAUGUCUGAAGCUUCCUUAAAAUUUAGAAUGUUACGUUUAUAUCAUUUUUGGCCAAAGGGUCUAUGCUUGCUAGUUAAACCUGCACAGGUAUCCACCAGUGCCUUUUUAGUUACUUAUCAAUACUGUGAUAUAUAAUAGAUUCUGAUUAGGAAAUUUAAAGCAAGGCUGUGGAUUUGGGUAGCUGUAGUGUUAAGGCAAGGAUCAUGUAUCUUAUGUAUUGUUGUAUAUUUUCUUUGCUAGUAGUAUUGCAACAUAUUAAUGUCCAUAUAAUUUAGUGCUUUCCGAUUUCUUAUUCAUUAAGAUUUUCAUUGUUGAUUGAUAAAAUAUAAGGUUUGUCAAAAAAAUCAGAUAUAUUACACUUCAGUUUAUAUGUGCCAUUUUAUAAAUUUUACCAUUAUUAAUAUAUUCAAUAAACAUUAUACACAUUUUUUUUGUUUUUUCCUG